UCCACCAUUUCAGUCCAUCUUUUGAGCCACGUCUGCUCGCCCGCAAAGCACUCGUCAUCGUCGUACUCCCGGGAGUCGUACCUGGAUUAGGAGGGACCCGUUUUAUCGGUAUUUUUUGAAGGUGGUGAACCCCGGCCCAAUAUCCGGCCAUGUUCUUCGCCAAAGUGCUGUUCCUGGCCGCGGUGGCCAUCCCGGCGGCGUUUGCCGGUGAAGCCGACGUCCUGGAUCUGACCGACGCAGACUUUGCUGCCCGGGUCGCCGAGUCCGAAACUACGCUGGUCAUGUUCUACGCCCCGUGGUGCGGUCACUGCAAGAAGCUGAAGCCGGAGUACGCCAAGGCCGCCGAGCUGGUCCGCGGCGAAGACCCCCCGAUUGCGCUCGCCAAGGUCGACUGUACCGAGGGUGGCAAGGAAACUUGCAACAAGUUCUCCGUGUCGGGCUACCCGACGCUCAAGAUCUUCAAGAACGGUGAAGUAUCGCAAGAGUACAGCGGCCCUCGGGAGGCCAGCGGUAUCGCCAAGUACAUGAAGUCGAUCGUCGGCCCGGCCUCGAAGGAUCUGCUCACGGUGGAGGCUUUCGACGCGUUCCUGAAGGUGCAGGAGACCAGCGUCGUCGGGUUCUUCCAGAAGGAGUCGGACUUGAAGGGUGUCUUCCUGAAGUACGCCGACAGCCAGCGCGAACGGUUGCGCUUUGGACACUCGAGCGCGCAAGCUGUGUUGGACAAGCAGGGUGAGACUGACGCGAUCUAUCUGUUCCGUGCCAAGCAGCUGGCCAACAAGUUCGAGCCGGACUUUGUCAAGUUCGAGGGCAAGACCAAGGAGGAGCUGACCACCUUCGUCAAGGAGAACUUCCAUGGGCUGAGCGGCGUUCGUACGCGCGAUACCCAGGCCGACUUCAAGAACCCGCUCGUUGUGGUGUACUACGCCGUGGAUUACGUGAAGAACCCCAAGGGAACCAACUACUGGCGUAACCGCGUCCUGAAGGUGGCCAAGGAGUUUGUCGGUCGCGUUAACUUUGCCGUCAGCGCCAAGGACGAUUACCAGCACGAGCUGAACGAGUACGGAUACGACUACGUCGGCGACAAGCCGCUGGUGCUGGCCCGCGACGCCAAGAACCAGAAGUUUAUCAUGAAGGAUGAAUUCUCCGUCGAGAACCUGCAGACCUUUGCCGGUGAGCUGGAGGAGGGCGCGCUGGAACCGUACGUCAAAUCCGAACCCAUCCCGGAGAGCAACGACGCCCCGGUCAAGAUUGCCGUCGGCAAGAACUUUGAGGAUGUCGUCACCAACAACGGCAAGGACACCCUGGUCGAGUUCUACGCGCCGUGGUGCGGCCACUGCAAGAAGCUGACCCCGGUCUACGACGAGCUGGCGACCAAGCUGAAGGACGAGGAGGUCGCCAUCGUCAAGAUGGACGCGACCGCCAACGACGUGCCGCCCACGUUCGACGUCCGCGGCUUCCCGACGCUGUACUGGCUGCCCAAGGACGACAAGAGCAACCCCAAGCGCUACGAGGGUGGCCGCGAGGUGGACGACUUCCUCAAGUACAUCGCCAAGCACGCCACCAGCGAGCUCAAGGGAUUCGACCGCAAGGGAAGCGCCAAGAAGGUCGAGCUGUAAUCUCAUUCUACACACUCACUAACUAGCCAGCGAUAGAGAGAGAGAGGUAAAGACUUGACCGUCCCUUGCAAGUCUUUCCUGUGACUUGGCCACAUGCCGACGCCAGCAGCAGCAAAGUGUAAAUUUCCAUUCCUGUUUUGUGAGACCUCAGCGAAAUUGUGCUUUCCGAUAAACUUUAUUUUUUUCUCUAGCGAGGGUCAGUUCGAGGGACAAACGUAGAAAUGCUUCGCUGGCACGAACAAAUCAACAACAAUUAACAACGUAAAACGCUUAGGUCAGUGGUCAGGGAGGUGAAGAAAAACUGACUGCACGUUAGUUGAAAAAUUUUCAUUUUCUUACUAUCUUUUCUUUUUUUGUACGAUUCACCACUACGCGGUUGUCCAUUGUAUGUUUAAGAGUGCAAAUGAGGGAGCAGAUUAAUUCUUUGUGCGGAUUAAUUUAACGAGAUCUUACAGUUGAAUAAAGAUUCUAAUUUUUUUAAGACUAA